AUGUCUUCUACGCGUAGGAGGAUUGAAACCGAUGUUAUGAAGCUUCUCAUGAGCGACUAUGAAGUUACUCUUGUCAACGAUAAUAUGCAGGAGUUUUAUGUUCGAUUUCAUGGACCGGAAGACACACCUUUUGCCGGUGGUGUAUGGAAAGUUCAUGUCGAACUCCCUGACCAAUAUCCAUAUAAAUCUCCAUCGAUUGGAUUCAUGAAUAAAAUUUUUCAUCCCAACAUCGAUGAGCUAAGCGGAUCAGUCUGUCUUGAUGUAAUUAAUCAAACGUGGAGUCCGAUGUUUGACAUGAUCAAUAUUUUCGAGGUAUUCCUUCCUCAGCUCUUGAGAUACCCUAAUCCCACCGAUCCACUCAAUGGGGAAGCUGCAGCUCUGCUAAUGCGGGAAGCACAGACAUAUGAAAACAAAGUUAUAGAAUAUGUCAAAAGGUUUGCCACAAAGGAAGCGGCGGAUGCAGCGACAGACGAAAGUUCUUCAGAAGAUGAUGUAAGUUCUGUAGGUUCAUAUUCAGAAGAUGAAGAGG